UUAUGUACAUUUUGUUUUGUCAAAACACGCGGAGACCAAAAUUAACUUUUAAUUGUGCAAAAUUAUAAAAUAUGUUACGAAAAAUUGCCAGGCAGAUGGGCCUGCAGGUAGGCCAGCAAAUUCGUGUUACGAAUUUAGAGCGACGUACGCUGACAACAACAAAUGCACUUUACAAAGAGGAUGCUAGCCUUAAAGCCGAGGCAGCUGCACCGCCAAAGACUAUUCUUGUAGAGAAGGACAAGAACCUCACACUUAUUGGCAUUAAUCGGCCACAGCAACGAAACGCAAUCGACUCGAGCACCGCUGCGCAACUUUGUGACGCUUUUGCCGCUUUCGAGGCUGAUGAUACGUCGCCGGUGGCGGUGCUUUAUGGCGUGGGAGGUUCCUUUUGCUCCGGCUUUGACAUAUUGGAAAUGAGCACCGAUGAAAAGGAGGAGAUUAGUGUGGACAUACUAAUGCGUCCCGAGGGCUCCGUUGGCCCCACACGUCGUCAAAUUAAAAAACCCGUGGUCUGCGGCAUAAAUGGCUAUUGUAUAGCCAAUGGUUUGGAGCUGGCACUGAUGUGCGAUUUGCGUGUCAUGGAGGAGUCUGCAGUGCUAGGCUUCUUUAAUCGGCGCUUUGGUGUACCCGUGUUGGAUGGCGGUACUGCACGAUUGCCUGCAAUGAUAGGAUUGUCGCGUGCACUGGACUUGAUACUUACAGGGCGUCCAGUAGGUUCGCAGGAAGCGCACGAUAUUGGUUUGGUGAAUCGCAUUGUGCCCACAGGCACGGCAUUAGGUAAUGCGAUUGAAUUGGCCACAUGCCUGGCCAAAUUCCCACAGCGGGCCCUCAACCACGAUCGCAAUUCAGUGUAUUCUGCGGCAUUCGAGACGUCCUCCUUCCAUCAGGCUGUGCAAAAUGAAGUGAUGUAUACAUCGCGCGAAAUUAUAGAGGAUAUGCAAAAUGGAAUCAAGUGGUUUAAUCAGACCUUUAAAGCAGAUACUACACAUGCGUGGCUAAAGCGCGAUCGGUCAAUGGCUGAUUGGGAUGACGAGGAAGUUGCUGCGGCAGCCGAACACAAGGAGAAACUAAAGCAGGAACAGGAAGCUGCGGCUCUCGAAGCCGAGAAACAGAAAAAGGCCGAAAAGGAACAAAAGAAAACCAAAAAAGCAGCCGAACCCAAAGCGGAGACUAAAAAAGACGGCGAAGAAUGUAAAAAGCCUGAAGUAGAAUCAAAGGACAAGCCGACGGACAAAUAGUCGCUUGACUAUUUGAAAACAAAACUAACAGUUUUAAGCGAACUGCUCUGCUCUGUAUAUAAAAUGUUGGAUACACAUUUAAGAACUGAGUCAAAUGAAAUUGUUGAAUUAUUUAUUAAAAUAAUUAUACACUACUAACGAUAAA